UCAUCCUCAGCUCACAUACACCUGAGGACACUUCACCUGCCUUUGUGACGCACAAAUCUUGUUCAGUUUUGUUCACUCUCCCUGUCAGGGGGCCUGAUGUCCUGGAGAUGGCAGACCUGCCCCACAGAUGCCAUGGAAACUCUCCCCAAAGACGGGCAGCAUUGUUGCCACAGCUUUGCAUUAAUGGCUUCUGGGAGAUGAAAAACGAGUCCGGCCAGUUUUGCCACAGAGAAACUAGAGUGGCAGCACCAUCGUCUGGGAAACAACCAGGACAACCUGUAACAAGUGUAGUCACUUUCCUCAGGAGAAUAAGGGUUCACCCAGAGGCCCAGAGGAUUCUGGGUAAUUCCCGCAUACCUGCUGUGAGCCUGGAGCGCCUGGACCUCCGGUCUGUGUGUUUGGCAUCGCUGCAGCCUGUGGUGUCUCUGGUGCGACUGCCAUGCCAAACACAAGCAGAGCUCCACACUAACGUCUCUUUGACUUGCCCUCAACAGAAUGGAAUUCAAAAUGAGCCGGAUAUAUUAGAGAUCAGAGAGGAUCUAGCUGAGGCGACACCGGCUGAGUUAUCUGAUCACAGUCAACCAGAAACAACAUCAAUAUCCUGGACAGAACCAUAUUCUCCUGACAGCUGCCCCUCUGAAGAACCUGAGCAGGACUCAGGCUUUGACUGUGAAUCAAAUCCGGAUCAGCCUUACAUCCUGUUUGACUGCGGCUCUGAUGAAUGGCAACUGGAUGGAAAAAUGGAUUCUGAAACAUUUUAUUUGGAUCCAGAUCUGGAACAGACCAUGGUGAUCCAAGUGGAUCCAGAACCAGACACAGAUCUGAAUCACUCCCUGCAGCUUGAGGACGAGACUGAAACUAAAUGUGGAGUGGAUGUAGUUCAAACGGAGGACAGUGAGGAACAAGGAGCGGAUGUUUGCUGCCAACUGGAGGAGGCCGACUUGUCCUUCCAUCAGCCUGAACAUGGAGAUGUCACCAUGGUGGUGGAAAGUGAAGAUUUCUGUGCUGUUUGUCUGAACGGAGGAGAUCUGCUCUGCUGCGAUCGCUGCCCUAAAGUUUACCACUUGGCCUGCCAUGUACCCCCUCUCAUCAGCUCCCCACUAGGUGACUGGGAGUGCACGUUGUGCAGAUCUGACCAGGAGCCUGCAGAAGCCUACGACUGUGAGAACAUGCAGUUCUAUGGUGGAGUCAAAGCUCCGUACACUUUGUCCAACCAGGACCAGAGGAGAUGUGAGAAGCUGACUCUGCUGUUGUACUGUCACCUGCUCAGCGCUCCAUUUCAUGAACCUGUCAGCCCUCUGGCCCGGAACUACUACCAGAUCAUCAAGAGACCCAUUGACCUGUCAGUGAUCCGCAGGAAACUGGACAAGAGUGAAACCCUGCACUACUUCAGUGCCGAGCAGUUUGUCGAUGACGUCCUGCUGAUGUUCAAGAACUGCGCUACAUUCAAUUACCCAGACUCUGAGGUGGCUCAGGCCGGUCGAAACCUGGAGGUGUUUUUCUUCAGCAAACUGCAGGAGAUUUUCCCGGACAGGACGUUCCCAUCGACGAGUCAGGACAGAACAGACUCGGCUCGACUCCGGUGGCAGACAAGGAAGAGGAAGGAAAACCAGAAGAGGAAGAGAUACAUGUUUAGUGGGAAGAAAUAUUAUCUAUAGUUUUACAUGGUUGAGAACUGUGAUAAUCAAUUUACUUUCACCUUUUUAAUGGAAACAAAUCAUGCAAUGGGGAGACAGAAACUUGUCGUGUCAUUUUCACAUCAGAUGAGAAAUAUUUUUUCCUCAAAGAAAUAAAAUACUCUUCACAUUAGUCUUGAUUAGAUUUGAUGAUUGCAAACAUCACACAUCGUGUAACGGGACAGACAUGAGGAAGUGUAACUUUAUAGAGGGUCAAUCCUCUACGUUAAACUACUUUGUGUCAAGUGAAUGUACUUUAACUCUACGGAGGUUAAACACGAGCCUCAAAUAUUACAGUGGUAUAGGUGAUAAAGGUUGACCAAAGUUGAGAGUAAUUAUGAUUUACAAGUUCCAAAAUAUUACCAGUCAAAGAAUAUGGACAUAAAAGGAUAAUUAUUGACAGUUAUCAGCACUCAGUACAGUGACAAACAGAGACCAAAUGUGCUCUAGAUGGACACAAUGUUGUCCUAUAUACACAAGGCAAACACAUUUGCUUAUGAAGAGUAUAAUAAGAAUUGUGCAGAAUUAUGAAUGAAUAUGUUUUUUUAAUCUUUUUUUUUUAAUUUGGGGUAAGUAGAGAGAAGAUUAUCUAGAGUUUCUGUUAAAUAAUAGUAUUUUUUAAAGAUUCUCUAUAUUGUGUUUUGGAAAUUGUAUUUGGAACUUUCUCAUGUUUAAAACACCACACACUCACCGUCACUACAUAGAACUCCCACCAGGGGUCAUCUCUGUAUUUAUUUCCACAUAGCAUUUUCCUCACUGUUGUGUGGACACUAUCAGUGCAGCUUGAGAUUAUUCUGUGUUCUCCUACACACAGACAGUGUUGAUUAUUAUUCAGAAUGAACAAAGCAAAACUGAAUAAGACCAUAAAUGAGUAUGAAGCCAACAUUUUUUUUGGUCACUGUGUACCUUUAGAGGCCUGUCUCAGUGAGGACACAGGCUGUAAUAAAACCUCUCCACUAAAUCUCUUUGUGAUUUACUCUCUGUUUGAAAUCAAUGUUUUGGCAAUCAUAGCUAGACAGGACAUAAUGUGUCCUUCUGGCCAGGACCACACUUUUAAGCUCUAACUUUAUAAGUUUUGGCUACAAACUAUGUAUGUCUAUGUGCAAUCUAAAUCCCGUGGAAGUCUCAAAGGCA